GUCCACGAGCGGAGGCAUUAAAAUUCGUUCUAGUGUUUGGCAUAGCGUCGAUCUAGUUAUUUGAACUGCUCUCGUACCCCUUCUUCCAUUUUCUCCCAUCCCACUUCAUUCUCUCCUUCUUAUCUUCAAUCCACUCGCUUUUUCACCUCCAGUCCUUCGUUUGCGGCCAUCGAGGCGUCUACCACCACUGUCUGUUCGGAUUUCACGCACUGACACGAUGAUCUUCGAGGGAGUUCUGAGCUGGUUCCGCCCUUCUUACGCCGGGGUUGUGCAGGAAACCCAAUGGGAUCCCAUGACCUUGACCAUGACCCAACCCAAGAGCCCGCUGGCUCCCACCACAGACGCCAUUGUCACCGAUCAACCGAUUAUCGGCGAAGAGAUGGAAUUGCGACUCCGCGGUGGUGACAGUGCUGAGGACGGAUGCUGCUUCUGCUGUCGCUGCUGUGGCUGUCUCGAUUCCUGCUGCGCCCCUGACGACGGCCCCGGCCAACGGCUGUGAGCCACCCACGAUCGCCAUUCUUUCGUGACUCGACUACCAUGCAUACAAUCUCCCUCGAUACAUCAUACAUCUCUUCUUGCGAGCCACUGCAUCCGAAACAUACCGUGCCAAACCCGACCGGGUGUUUUGGGAAUCUUUAAUGUCUUUUGUACCCCGUCUUCGACUUGGCAGGUGGGACGGAUCGCCGCCGUCCGCCGUCCGCCGUCUUUUACAUAAUAUUCU